CGCCAUGCCAGAGGAGCGCGUCAUUGACCGCGAGAAACAUUGUCCAUUCCUGCUCCGAGUCUUCUUCAGUAGGGGUGUUCACAACAGAGCGGAUGCGUUCGAAGCGCUUGACGACAAGCCCAUAGCCAAUGAGCUGCACAUUUACACGUGGCCGGACGCGACGCUGCGGGAGAUAGCAGACCUGGUGCAAGAUUCGAACACCGACGCCCGGAAGGCCAACAUGCGUCUGAGCAUCUGCGUUGUAUCGGAGACAAGAGAUGGAAGAGUGCUGAUUAGGAAGGUGGGCUACGUCAACAGUAGUCGUCGUCGAUGCGUUGACGACGCCAAGACGCUCGCGAGUGUGCGCUUCCAUCCAGGCGAUAUUGUCGAUAUUGCGAUGGUUGAGUAAUGCAAGUACCAGUACAUAUGUACCGUAUUUGAGAUCUCCUACUUCAGACCCAAUAUUUUUGAAGUUGUAUUGUUGCAAAAUGCACAAGAUCUGUACACGUA